AGUAACUCUAAUAGGUUGACAAUAUUGACAUUUAGUUUGUAUAGAUUAUAUAGAGUCUAGAUCUCUAGUCUAGAUUUUCUAAAACUAAAAGGGAAAAUUACUUAGACUAGAUCUAGACUUACGAGAAACAAAAAAUAUGGCUUAUUAUAAAAUAAUAAGGACUUGUCACGCCAGUCACAGUCACGCAACCCCUGGAUAUUCCUUACUUCUUUCUUCUUAUCUUAUAAAUUCAGACUAACAUUGCUUUGUUGAUCCUUAUGGAAAUUUGUGAUUACAACACAAACAGAAACAUACACAUAAAUACAACCUGAGGUAGACAAAACAGAAAGAGUUCAUUCAGCGACUACACACAGGCAUCUUGGUGCUUUUCCUGUUUCCUGAUCAACGAGUGGUGGUGAUAAAGUCUGACCUAGUGAGGUGGACUAUGGAUGUAAAGAACUUUUUAAAAUAGGAAACGAGGAUUAGAGUAGUUGUUUCAUGCUGAAACUAUGGAACUACUAGUGCAUACCGAUAGUAAUGAAAACUUACUGGCAAAAACUAUGUCAGUCAAAACUAUCAAAGAAGAGCUCCUGGAGAACUGUGAAUGUGACAGCAGUAGUGUCUCACUCAAUCAGCAUUUUCUCUCUGCAAGUGAUGGAGCAUUGACUACAGAUAUGAAGCCAAUCUUAUCAGAAGUACUAGAAUCUGAAACAAAUGAGAGUGAUGAUCCAAAAGUGAAACCUAAUGACCCAUGCCCAACGUCUUUAAAAUGGUUUUCAGGCCAUGAUUCCAUAAAGCAAGAACUUAAACCUAAUAUUUUGGAAAUAGAUCCACUCUUGUAUGAGAAUGUCAAGCGAGAUAUAUCUACUGCUCAUUCACCAUCACUCAACUCACUUCAGAGCCUAGAGGAUGUUAAGCCUGACAUAAGUAGUAACAACGUAACAUUUCAUGCUAGGAACACAACAGCUUGUGCAUUAAAUUCUGUUAAACAAGAAAUAAUACAUACAAAGGAGACAGUUUUACAUGAGUUAGAUGCAAUACAACCAUUUUCUUCCACUGUUAAUUCAAUUAAAUUUGAAGCUAAGCAAGAGCCAGUGUCUGAUGAAGAAUCACACUGUAGAGAUCAUUUGAAUACAAUGGAAACUGGCUUUCCAGAAAGUCAUGAAAUACCACAGAGAGGAAGGAGGAGAAAAGUACAAGAGAUAUUUGAAUGUGAAAUCUGCAGCAAAAUUUUCUCUUAUCGCUGUCGACUUUUAAGCCAUCUUAACAGACAUGCUGAUGUAAAGAGAUUUAAAUGUGAGCGAUGCAACAAGUGUUUCUCUCAGAAUCAUACUUUAAAAGUACAUCAUUGCAAAACUAGCACAAAACAAAAUGAUUUAAAAAAGAAAGUCAAGUUAGUUCAACCUAAGGUGAAGAAAUGUAAUAGUGAUCAAGUGCUACAUUUUUGUGAUGUAUGUGGCAAGAGUUCUCCAAGGAAAACAGAUAUUGUGAUCCAUAAAAGAAUGCAUACUGGAGAGAAGCCCUACUGUUGUGUCUUCUGUGACAGGAGGUUUGCUAGAAACUCUGAUUUACAUGUGCACCUCAGGAGGCACUUGGGAGAGAAACAAUUUUCUUGUGAAUUAUGUGGGAUACAGUACCAUAGAAAAAAUCACCUGAAUGUACAUAAGUUGCAGAACCAUAGCAACAAGAGGCCAUUAAGUUGUGAGUUCUGUGGCAAAACAUUUGUGGUCAGAGCAAGCAUGCUUGUGCACAGAAUGACUCACACUGGAGAAAAGCUACACAAGUGUAGCAAGUGUGGCAAAGCGUUCACCCACUUUACCUCUCUGAAGAAACAUCUGAUGGGGCACACAGGGGAGAAGCCCUAUCAAUGUGAAAUAUGCUUCAAAGGAUUUAAGACCAAGCAUGAUAUGACUUCACACAAGAGGAAACAUACUGGAGAAAAACCGUAUAACUGUGAUUUGUGUGAUAAAUCAUUUUCUUUUCAGACUUCUUAUCGGAGGCAUAAACUCAUUCAUAUUAAGAAAACAAAUAUAUAACAUAUAACUGAGAUUGGUGUGAUAAAUCCUUAUCUUUUCAGACUUCUUAUCAGAGGCAUAAACUCAUUCAUAUUAUAUAUAUUUUUAAAAAUAAUUUGUACAUCAGUAUGUAUACCUUUAGUGGGCAUAUAAAUCUGGUCAAAUUAGUGACCUCAAACAUUUAAAUGCUGGCCAGCAUUACACUAACAUUAGUAACUUCAAUAGAAGACCAAGCUAUUUAAAUUGUCAAUUUGUUUCAUUGUUUUUUUGUCUGAACAAUGUGUUACACUUUUAAAGGAAUUUUCAACAUUGGUUGCAUUUUUGAUGUAGUAUAUCUAAAAAUAAUUUCUAAUUUUUAUGACGGUUUUUUUUUUUUUUUUUUUUUGCUCACAAAUUAGUACUUUUGCACAUUAUUGUAAAAGACAAAGCAAAAAUGCAUAAUUAAAAUUGUUUAGUAAAAAUCUAUAAUGGAGAUAAUUAAAAUGGGCACAGUGUCACUAACAGAACUAGUUGUUGCCUACUGUUUGACACAAACUUGUCUCCUACAUGCUACUUUAUAUUCUGCCAGAUGUUGUUUUUUUUUCUAUAUCAUUUAGAUCUUCCAUGUUUCCAUUCUAGUAAUCCAAUUGCUUAACCCCUUUAAGGAACAUGGAACCUGUUAUUAUCUGUGGGUGGAACCUAAAAUUCGUAAGUUGCUUAUACGUCUGCUCUGUCAUUACAUUACUGUUGGCUGUGGCAAACUUCAAUGUUCCUCUUAUUUCUUGUUCAACAUUUCACUCAUUGAACAGUUUGUUAUAUGUAUAAUCAUUUCAGCGCAGAAUGCUUUGUUAUAUAAGUGUCACAGCCUCUUUUGUUGAGGUAUAGCAAGAUGUUCCUGUGACGUGCCGGGGAUUCUGUAGAUAUAUCUCUAGAUCUAAAUACGUCUUAGAGAUUCAAGUAACGAAGAUUCUUUUAAUUCAAAUACAGAACUUUAAUUCAAUAACUAGGAAUCAUUGUAACCACCACUGUAAUGUACAGAUUAUACAAAAAAUAAAACUGUAUCUGAUGAAUAUCUUCUUUCAAGCUUAAUUACAAAUAGAUUCAGAUUAAUACUAGAUCUAAUUUCACACUUAUAAAAUAUAUGACUUAUGAUGAUUUAUCACUUCAAGUUACAUCUCCAAACUAAUUCUCUAAAUCCCGCUCUAUUGAAUCAUUUCCUUAGCUCCUCCCCCAGUCCACGUGAUAAUAUUGAUAAAACAAUGAAAAAAACGUAUCACGUGACAGCCUUUAAGGAUUACGUAUUUAGUAUAGUAGAGAUAAAGAACAACGUGGCUAAAUGUUGUUUGUUUACGAUUGGUGAAUGAGGUCCAUUAUUCCCAGAGUUAGCACGUGUCAUGACGUCAUGGGUUUUUCUAUACACUCGCGCGUGGUGUUUUUCCUUCAGCUGGGAUAUAUUAUACUAAGUUUAUUACCCUAGAUUAGGUUUAGUUAAACUGAUACGUGACAAUAUCUAUAUAAAAUACAACUUAAACUGUCACACACAGUGUUAAUCAAUCAGAUGAAUGAUACAUCAUCAUUGCCUUUACCUUAAAAGAUGUUUUCAAAUAGAAAUUAACGUUCAAUUUUGUCAAUGAGUUCACCACAUACGACUCAGUGUUGUACAUUUUAAAACAUCAGGAUGACAGGUUUGACCUUAUAUUCCAGGCAUUGUGUCCCAGAGAUUGCAUUGAAUUAUAUAGUUUUUAUAGGUACUGGUUUCUUUGACUUCUUUGUUACUGUCACAUUUAUCUGUAUUGUACAGACACUAUUUUCUGAAACCAAAGCAUUACAGAGGCUUAAGGUACAAAGAGAAGGCAAUGAGACUUUCAUCCUGAUGGGUGGGCUGAAAACUGGAUGAGAUCACCAUAGAUUCUUAUGUAAUACAGACGUUACUUCAAAAAAGAAAAUCAUUAUUUUUCUAUAAGUGUUUUUUUUACUUGUGAAACAAUUUUGUCAAAAUUAGGAGGUAAUAUGUAUAUGUAUAUUUGUUAACUGGUUUCCAGUCAGCUAGAUGUAUGGGACCUUUAUUUUACUGGGAUCUUUAUUUUACUGGUAAUUUUUUUUUUUUAUGAGUUGUAUUUGUACAUUUUUAUAAUGAAAAAAAAAAAGGUAAAAUAAAAGUAAUAGUAAA